AGUAAAUUACAAACGAGCUCAACAUGGAAUUUAAAAAGAUUUAGAAUUUGUCCAGCAUGGCCGCUUAGUAUAUUGGUACUGCAUAUGACAGCUUAUUCGAGACAAAACUAAGACAAUAAUACAUUCUCAAUUAUAUGUUCAUUUGAUUCCCAUCUGCAACAAAUUCCACAUCUCUCGUUUCUAUACAGAACUAACUAAAUGGAUAAGGCAUUUCCAACGGAGGUUUCUAGCGAAUCAGAGGUUGUUCAUGACCUUCCACCAUGGCUUCGAGUGUACAAAGACGGAAAGAUUGAGAGGCUUUCAGGAUGUGGAGUAUGUGCUCCAGGACUCGAUUCUCAAACUGACGUUUUGUCCAAAGAUGUUGUAAUUGUCCAGGAAACAGGCGUCUCUGCGAGGUUACACAGGCCUAAUGUCAUUCCCAAAGGUCAAAAACUGCCUUUAGUUCUCUAUUUUCAUGGCGGGGCUUAUUUGAUUUCAUCGCCUUGGGAUCCAACCUACCACAAUUGUGUAAAUAAGCUAGUUGCUGAAGCAAAAGUUGUGCUUGUGUCAGUGGAUUACAGAAAAGCUCCUGAACAUCCACUUCCUGUGGCGUUUGAUGACUCGUGGGACGUUCUCAAAUGGGCUGCUUUGCACACUUCCUCUGGUGCUGGAUCAGAGCCCUGGCUUCUUGACAAUGUUGACUUCAACAGAGUUUUCUUGGCUGGAGACAGUGCUGGAGCAAGUAUUGCGUACCAGCUGGUGAUUCGGAACAAGACUGAGAAGCUGAUGAUGAAGCUUGCUGGGAUAAUUCUGAUCAACCCCUACUUCUGGGGCAAUGAGCCCAUUGGAGCAGAAGUGACUAACCCUUUUCUGAAGGCUCUGGUGGACAAGUGGUGGGCAUUUGUUUGCCCCUCGGAUAAAGGCAAUGAUGAUCCCUUGGUGAACCCUCUGGCAGCUGGAGCACCGCCCUUGGAACAGUUGGAAUGUGCUAAGAUUCUUGUUUCUGUUUCGGAGAAGGAUAUCUUGAGGGACAGAGGGGUGCUGUUCUACGAGUCAUUAAAGAAGAGCGAGUGGAAAGGGAAGGCGGAGCUGAUUGAUGUAAAAGGGGAGGAUCAUGUCUUUCACAUAUUCAAUCCUGAUUGCGAAAAUGCUAUAUACCUGUUCAAGGGCUUGGCUGCUUUCAUAAAUGCUUAAAUAUGAUGUUCUUUUCUUUUCUUGUUGUUUGUUAAAUCAAUGUUAGCUUUGGAACUUGAUUUCAAAUGGCCCUGUGGAUCUGCUAUGAAUAAAUGAUUAGGCCGAGAGGCCGGACCAAGUCCAAUGUCAGACA